AUGCACUGGGUCGUCCCAUAUGCCUUAAAGCUCGAAAGAGCUCAGGUGGUGGUGCUACUCCCAGGGUUCACGAUCGGUAUGGGACACGGAACUCCGGGGAGGCAUACACGUGAGCCGCCACGGCAGCUCGUGUCCCGAAUUGACCUCUUGCCUGCGGGGAGAAGGAGGUUGAAGUCCCAUUAUACCCUUCCCCUUCUCCUUCUCCUCCUCCUCCUUCUCUCAUGGCCUCCGCCUCCUCUCCGACUCCACUCCCCCCCGAUCUCUCUCUCCUCGAUCCUUCUCCCUCCCCGGCGCCCCCCGCUCCACAAUCCGAUCCCUCGAUGUCCCCUGACAGGGACGCCCACCCCGCCGCCUCCCCCUCCUGCGGGAACUUCGUCCCCGUCCUCCGACGAGAGGUGGAAGCCGGAUCCUUCACCUAGAAGAACCCGCUUCCCUCGCGCAUGUACUUCUCGCCCAUCCCACCGCCUCCUUCCCCCGCCCGACCCCCGCCCCUCCCCUGCCGCCAAGAAGGAGCGGGAAGAGCGAAGGCAGAAUUCGCGGAUCGUCACCCCGCUCGCCCCGCCUCAGCCCUCUUCCCCCUCUUUGUUGUCUCGUUGGGAACUACGCUCCAUGUGGGAGCUUGCUGCCAUCCUAAAUUUUCUCCAUGUUUUUAGGCCGCUUUUGCAUAUCGAGUUGGAGAUUUCCGCGGAGGAGCUUGAGACGGCGCUAAUCACACCGAAUAGUACUCUUGAGUACAUUCAUAUACCGCUUUUGAAGGCAAUCCCUCCUGUUAUUCGCAUGGCAUUAGGGCAUGCUACAUGGAUUACAGUACUUUCUAAGAAGCUGAAAGCUUGGUGGCAUUGGGUUGCAGAAGGGGAGAUACCAAUUGUUGCUUCACAUGGGGAGGAGGUUGAAGCAUACAAGGCUCUUGAUCCUAAGAUCCGUGUGCAUAUUCUUAAAGCAUUGUGUGACAUUCGUGUUGAGCAAGAUGAUAUACGGAGUUAUAUGGAAGAUUCAUUAAAACAAGGCAUCCAGAUUUCAUUAUUUCGUAGGGAAAGGAUUGGGGGUGAUUCACAUGGUAUCUCAUUCUGGUACGAAGAUGAUCCUAUACUCGGGCAUCGGUUGUAUCGUGAUAUUCGGCAGGUUGAAGUAACAAAAAUGAAGGCGAAAGGUGCUCGGUCUGUCCCACCCUUAUCUUACCAGUGGGAAACAAUAGCAACAAAUUUAGAUGAAUUUCAAGAAGUUUCAGAAAAACUUUUUUCAAGUAAAAAUAGGAUGGAAGCUGCCCUUGGGAAGAAGCUAAAGUUUGACUUUUUGCCAGAGAUUGAGAAAAUACACAAGAAGAAAGAGAAGUUGUUGAAAAAACAACACAGGCAAGCCCUGCUUCUUGAUGGCUUUUUGAACACAGAUGGCAUUUCUUCUGGUCGUGCUUUGCGUGAUAGAAAACCUGUCACAUAUACCUUUGAUGAUUAUGACCGUUCAAUCAGUGAGGCGAUAAAGAUAACAAAGAAAAGGCAAGCCUCCCCUGAGCAUGCUGUCCAAAGAGAAGUUGUGGUUAAACCCAGCAGUGCGCCACUGGCUAAUGGUAAAAGCAGUGGCCCAUCUUACAUUUCUCAACGUGUCUCUGAUGUCUCCGGAUCUUUGGAGUCACAUAAUGAAGCAAUUGAUGCAGAACACAAUUCUGAGCCUCUUGACAGAAGCAACCGGCGGAGGAAAAGACCAGAAAGAUAUUCCGAGAAGGAAUUUGUUCAAGCUGUCUCGGAUGAUGCAGACUUCGACAGUGAUGAUGAUAUAGUUGGAGAAGCAGUGUAUGAUGAGGAAUAUCUCGAAAGCCGAAAACGUAAAAAGAUGGUAAGCAGCUCCGCCUCUGAUGGAGAUGAAGAAUACCGUUGGGAGGAUGAAAGUCCAGAUGAUGAGGAAGAAGAGGAUGAGUCCCUGAGUAUCAGUGAGGACAUGGACAAGCCCCGCCGUGUCAAGAAACUCCUGAAUCAUAGCAGGCGGGAGACAAAAACAAGAUCAGUUGGUGAGCUACAGUCAGGCCUUCGACGCAGCAAGAGGUCCGCAAGACUCCGUGGAAACUACCGACAAUAUGAAUUGUCCGAGAGUGAUGGAGAUUCUGCAAAGCGUGCGAAACCUAAAGCCACCAACAGGCAUUCAGAUACAAAGGGUGACCUGGAAAUGCCGUCAUUGAGUCAAGAAUCUCAGUGCAAAGUUGGUGAGAAACCGAAGCAUCCUGAUUUGAUCCAGGAUGGCAUGGAAGAAAAACAACAGCAGCAGCAAAUAGUUGAGAAAAAAGAAAGCUCCGAACAAGACGACAACAAUGUGCGAUGCCAUUUUCUAGAUCUAAAUGAGCUUGCUCCUGGAACUGGUUUUGACGAAGGAACUAGUGCCAUGAUGAGGACAACUUCUGAUUAAAUUUAGGUAGGUUUUAGGCUUUCCAUUCUAAUGUGACAGAGAAGAAGAAGAAGAAAAAGAAGAAAGUACACCAACAUAUAACCAACGGCUCUUCGGAGGGGGAAGCAUUAGGACUAGAAUGUGUAUACUUAGUCAUCUUCUUGUUGUUUGAUGUCCCAAGUACCAUUUGCUACUUGGUGACUCUUUCUAGGGUUUUCUCCCCCCCUGUUGUGCUCAUUGAGUGUACCAUAUUCUAACUUUUCUAGAGUUAAUUUAAUAUGGGCCUUAAAUUUGUCA